CUUAUCUGUGAUAGCGCCUCUUGUUGAUGACGAACUUGUUAACUGUGGCGCUUCUCUCUUUAGCUAACAUGCUUCUCCUGUAAAGCCUGACCCCGAAUAGUCAUGGUUUUGAAUCACUUGAACCUGCUGCGACCCUUUCUGUGUCAGUCCCUGGUACGGCCUGCCAGGUCUCCAUUCACAGUCACCUCAUGGGUCGGUUUCAGACCACCGAUUUGUCCUGGUACCUCCCUCCACCCUGCUCCUGCAUGCAUCAGGCUCUACGCCACCAAGAAAGCAAAAGCCAAGGCAAAGGGUCAGUCAGCUAAGGUGAAUAUUAAUUCAUCUUUGGUGGAAGACAUCAUCAGUCUGGAUGAAGUGAAGGAGGACAUGACCGCAGUCCUCAGUGCACUCAAAGACGAGUUCACACGUAACCUCAGCAUCCGAACCUCGCCAGGGGCUCUGGAUCACAUUGUGGUGACGACUCAAGAUGGGAAGUUUCCUCUGAACCAGCUGGGUCAGAUCUCCAUGAAGUCCCCUCAAGUCAUUAUGGUCAACAUGAGCAGCUUCCCUGAAGCUACAGCGGCAGCCACCCGCGCCCUGAGAGAGAGCAGCAUGAACUUAAACCCAGAGGCGGACGGGACGAUCAUCAAGGUGCCCGUUCCCAAGGUGACACGGGAACACAGAGAAAACCUUGCCAAGGUGGCCAAACAAUUCAGCAACAAGGCUAAAGACUCUCUGAGGAGAGUGCGCUCCAAUUCUGUCAACCAGGUGAAAAAAGCAAAAGAGGGUCACUCUGAAGACACAAUACGACUCGUAGAAAAACAGGUUCAACAGAUGGCAGACAACAUUGCUAUGGAAAUCGACAAACAACUUGCAGCCAAGACCAAAGAGCUUUUAGGAUAACCGUAAGAAAAGAAAACCAAUAAGUCUCCAGUUACAUAUUUCAGCAUCGAUAAGACGAACUUGAACCUGUUGGUAACAGAGACUGGAUCAUGAUGGAGACCUCGCUUCUGAAUCAUCCACAGACGCACAUUUUGGUCUGCUGAAUCUUUUCUUCUUGACCACACUGUUGGAUACCCAUCAUUGCUGUGCGAUAUCUGCGUCCAGCUGCAUAAAGGCGUAAACAGAAACUGGCACGGAAACGGCAACAACGACGACAGACUGCCUGUCACCUCCCUCCUCUUCCUUGUUACUCUCCCCAUCUUCAAACAAACAUCCAACAGGGGACGAAUGGCCUUUUAAUGGGAUUUGUGGGCCUCCUCCUAAUCAAACUCCUUGCCACAGGGGCUGCCUGUUUAUACAAACCAAGCGCACCCAUCCGAAUGUAAACUGCGUCUUACCCUUGGUGGCAAGAGCAAGACGCAGUUUGUUCUCGAAACUUAGGCAGAUACCAUUAGCGUGUUGCCAAACAUUUGUUUCGCAUUGAUUUUCAGUCUGGUAUAAAUGCACAUCAGGAGGGAGGAAAAAAGAGCCUUUAAUUUCUGUCCAUGUCUAGGAUUGAUAACAUGGCUACUCUAUUUUAAACACAAUAAAGUCAGGAAAGACACAUUAUUGAUGGACCCCAUUAAAGAAACACUGCUUUGAAGCAUGUGCGUCAUCUUGUUCUCUCUUGUUUUCUUUUCAUUUGCUUUACUUUUUGGUUUAAAGCCGGCCCCUUGCUCCAUUAGCUGGAGUGAUAAUGGACUUUUCCUGUGCAGGGACCUUCUGGGGGCCCCGGCUGCUGGCACCGUGGUCGUCCAUUAGGAAAAGAGGCUUUUAAUGUUCUACACUUGGCCUCCUUUGUCUUUAAAUAGCUUCACUUUUCAAACUUGCAGCUGAGAAUAGCUGGUUUGCAGGAGCUGUUGAAACCAAGUCAAUAACAGGAAUAGUUGGAAUGAAAAAAAAAAAACACACACACUCACAUUGUGUCCGGCUCUGCUUUCAUCUGCCCGCUGUUUAUACCAGCUGGAGGCUUUCUGUGCCAUUAUGUGGCUGGUGUCAUCAUCUUUAUCAUGAUUUCUUUUUCUCCUUCCGCUACUGGUCACAGGCAGCCCGCAAGUCAGACAGUCUUUAUUUUCAGUCUGCCCACACUUGAUCGCACAGCCACACAGUCAUUUGAUGACUGCAGCUGCUAAUUAAAUUUUUAUUACAAUGCAUUCUCACUUCUCCAAAUUGGAUUUAGGAAUAGGGGGGCAUUGCAGGUUUCACUGGGGGUCCUACUGCGUGGUUUUAAUGUCCAGAGUCCUCUGUCUGUGGCUGCUCUUUAAUGGUCCAAACAGUCCAGAGUCACUGGAUAAACAAGAGUUUAGCAGAGGAGUGGACAGGCUGGGACAGAGGAGGGCGGGGUGGAAAUGUCAGGUUUUUGUGGUGAUUCUUGGUCCAUAUGUCAGCAAUUUGAGGGCAUUGUGUACCUUGGCCUAAAACAGAGGCUUCAUGAUCGAUGGAGGGGAGAAAAUUCUCCCAAAGUCCCUGGCGCACAACACAGGCAAAGCACAAGGAAAUUGCUUUCAGCUGAUAGCUUCAUUUCGGUUGACAUUUAUCAACUGAAUUACCCCUGUUCCUUUUCGAAUGUUUACUACUACCAGCAGCGCUGCCUUUUUGACGUACAUGUCUGCGAGCGUCCGCCGUUAGCGUGUGAGACCGCGCUUGUUUGCCAACAAGAAAGCGGUAGAGGUUUUGUCUCUGUGGAAAUUUGGCUGUAUCCUUUGGCGACGCCUCAAAAAAAUAUACAAGGCCAAAUUAGUUCAGUAAACGUUUAAUUUGAUAGGGCAGGCCUUUAUUCACAGCUGACGCAAAGUGCAAACAUGCUGUUUGUAAAAGUUGUUUUCGUUCUUUUUGCAAGAAGGGUCAAAGUUUGAAUCCUAAAUAUUAGAAAGGUCACAUUCAGUAGCACUUCCUGUAAAAAUACAUAAAACUUAAGAUGAAUUCAUCCUCUACUGCAGUGUAGCGUACUCACACAGUAAAAAAAAAAA